ACAUGAUGAAUCUUUUAUUAAAGAUAAGCAAAGAAAAAAAUGGCGAUUCAACAACCGCCUUACCCGUUCUAGAGUUACUGGUGGCCAAGAUAAUAAGGCACUGUGAACUCCUCUGGAGUUGCCUCCAAAUGAUAUUUCUAUCACCACUACCACAAUCCCUAUGCCACCUCUGCCUAAUUUUUAACAAAUAUAAGCAUUUAAUUCCACUAUCACUCACCUCAUUAGGAGUUAUUAUAAAUAAUACUUUACCGAUUCCCUGAGGAACUUUCAUGAAUAUUUAGAGAGAUGUUCAAACGUGAAUGUGUAGUGCGGCCAAUUUCAUUAACAUUAUUAAUGGGAAAAUAUGCGGUAGUUUUGUCAUGGCCUUUAUAACAAUACUUACGACCAUUUUAUGGUUGAGUUGACAAUGUCGUUCAUGAUUCUAUUUUAGAGGGGGAUACCAAAACUGACACUUUGGCAGAAAUAUCAUUUUGCGUUCUUCUUUUACCAGUAGCCCAGGGCCUCAGCUUUAUCAGGACGCAAUGGGUGUUGUACACUGCUUUGGUAAUCCGUCAAUUACUUUCACCUACAACCCUAAAUGGGAUGAUAUUAUACAUUAAUUUUUUCUUCUGCAGACGACUGAAAGGAUUUGCUCUUAAUUUUACCAGACACACAGAAAAUAUGACAUAAAGUUUGUCAACUUUAAAUUCUAUGCCAAUCACUUUAUUAUCGUAUAAGCUCGAUUAUUCUAUACAAACAUCAUGGAAAGAUAUUUGAAUUUUAAUAACUUUAGAGGGAUAGCAACCUUGAUUUCUAAUAACGUUAAAAUAGGAGCUAAAGAUCUUAAAAUAUUUAGAAAUGAACAGUUUCAAAAUGAGAAAAAUAGACAAAAAUCAUUGAUUACAAAAAUUGAAAAAAUUAAAGUUCAAAUUAAAGGUCCGCCACAAGAAUGUUCAUUAAUAAUGAAUAAAAACCUAUCCACUCCUUACGAUUGUGCUAAACAUAUACAUGAAUAUGUUACAAAAAGAUGUGCUUUAGCUAUUGUUAAUGGGAAGGUCUGGGAUAUACAUAAACCUCUUGUUGAGGAUAGUGAGUUAUAUUUUCUUCAUUUCAAAGAUGAAGACAGUCAGUUCCUUAAUAAGGCUUUUUGGCGCACAGGUUCCUUUAUUUUAGGGAAUAUAAUUGAAAAUAGCUUUAAAGAUGAACUUUCAACUGACUUACAUAGUUGGAUUCCUACAUUAGUUAACAGAUGUAAAUUUUGUUACGAUUUUCUACUGCCCUUCUCAACAAAAUGGUCUCCCUCGCAAGCGGAAUUACGAAUUUUAACCAAACAAGCCAAUCAGUUUUGUUGGAGAGAGCACCUCAUUCAACCUUUAACCGUCGACGCUAAGAUAGCCCAAAAAAUAUUUGAACAUUCGAAAUUUAAACGCGAACAAAUAUCAAAAAUGGCGGAGGAAUCGAAGACGGGAUUUUCCGUAAACUUGUACAGAGUGGACGAUCACGUGGAUUUGAGCAGAGGUCCUAUGAUAGCCAAUACAAGAUUAUUCGGCCGAUUCGAUAUUGUCGAUGUACAUGAUUUAUCGGAAAAGGGUUGCGAUGAAAAUAUGUACAGAGCCCAAGCUGUCGCCCUUCCAUCUCAAUUAUCGCUUCAUCAAUGGACUUGGAAUUUGUUGAAGAAGAAAGCUUCCAUACCGUCGUUCGAUCACCUGCCUCAAAGGUACGAGGAUUUGAAAAAUUCGCCCCUAACUAGACUCAGGUACGCCGAUCCGGAUUUGGUGAAGCCCAAUAAUACGGGCUGGAACGAAAUGCAUCUCCCUUUCCGCAAGGAAUCGCCGCUUCAAGACAACGCGCCUAAUUCAUUCGCGGCUACGGAUAAUCAGAAUUUAAACCAGGGAAACCUUGUUCACGAUACCAGACUUAAGUUCAAUAACGUCAGACAUCAAUGGGAACAUCGACCCGUUUUCGCUAGGAGAAGCAGACCCUCUAUCUACGUUAAUAGCAUUCAAAAUUUACCCAAGGAAUAUGUUCAAGUCCCUCACUCGAACUCCGAUAAACAAUCUAGGCCUAUAUAGAACUAUAAUUUUGUUGGCUAUAUAUAUAUAUACAUUUAAAUGUUUCUUAUUGGCAAGAAUA